AUGACUUUAACUGUAGGAAAAGCAGGCCCAGCUUCGGAUUUUAGAAAAUUUAUGGAGAAAAGAUUACAAAUUUAUUUGAAUGGAAACAGGCAAAUUGUUGGAAUAUUAAGAGGUUAUGAUACUUUUAUGAAUUUAGUUUUAGAUAAUACAGUUGAGAUUAAAAAAGAUGAACAAAUUGAAAUAGGAAUUGUUGUUAUAAGAGGAAAUAGUAUUUCUUAUUGGGAAUGUUUGGAUAAAGUAGAUGUAAAAUAA